AACCUGAUGCAAAUUAACAAGGGAAGUAAGAUAGAGAACCAAAACAAAGAAACAAAGAGAGAUUGAUGGCUAUGAGGCAACGCGUUGGUGCUACUAAUACACGUCCAAGACAAUCCAUUCGUCCCACUUAUGAGGAUUUCCGGCCCCAGUUUGAAUUGAAGGAAGAACCUGAAGCUCACAUCAUAUAUGUUCAACUUCCUGGUUUUUUGAAAGAGCAAGUAAGGAUUACAUUUGUGCACGCCCCUGGUGUGAUCAGGGUCCAUGGACAACGACCCCUUGGCAACAACAGAUGGAGCCGUUUCAACGAAACCUUUCCUCUUCCACAAAAUUGCCACGAAAGUAAAAUUCAUGGAAAGUUUCACAAUGGCGUUCUUACCAUUACAUUGCCAAAGGAAGUCCCAAAAGUAGAUCCUAAAGAAGCAGCGGCUGCAGCCAAGCCAAUCCAAGAGACAAAGCCAAAAGCUGCUGCUGCUACUGAGGCAAAGCCACAGAAAGUCUUGGAGGACGACAAGGUUCCUUUGAAAGAGAAGGACCAGAUACGUGCUCCUCCAUCUCAAAAACCUGCUGCUACUGCUGCCCGAGACGAAAAACAAAAGGAUAAGAUAAGUAUUCCAUCUAAAGACCCCCGAGUAGCUGCUCCUCCAACUCAAAAACCUGCUGUCGAGCCCAAUUUACAAAAGGGUCAGGAUGCCAUUCACCAAACAGCUAUUGCUACUGCUGCUAAAGACCCCCAAGUAGCUGUUCCAGAGCCAAAGGCACAAAGGGAUGAGAAGAGGGUGAUCGCGUUGAGUAGUGCUGCAAGUGAGCCCAAACCUCAAAAGGGUAGGGAUGAAAUUCCACCAAAAACUAUGGGAGAUGAAAAGGCGAAGGCGGACUACAAAAAGGAGGUUCAGGAUAGAAACAUAAGUGAGGAAAAUGAGAAGCCGGGAGAACCAAAGAUUGCUGAGAAUGUUGUCGACACACCUCUGAGUAAGAUGACUGGUGAGAGAAGCACAGAAGAAGCUGUAAUCGAAAGGUUUGCCCCAAAUACUUUAGAUAAGAUAAAGAUGAAGAGCAAACGUUUUGGCAGUGCUGUUGGGGAAGAGGUUUGCAAUUCUGCAAAGCAAGGGAUAAAAAAUCUAGACAAGUGGGUAAAUAAUGAAGAAAAGCAGCUGUUAAUCAAUGUGGGGGCAGCAGUUCUUGUUCUUGUGGCAUUUGGGGCUUACACGACCUACAACUUAUGGAGCCCCUCCGGAAAACCCAAGAACUAAGCAUAGUAUCUCUUCUAAAUCACGUAUACUCUGUAACAAACUAAAUGUACACAAAAGCAUGCAUUUGUAUAGAUACACCGAAGUUUACCUUAAUUCGAUGUAAUCUAUAACUUCCACUAGAAUGAAAACACACUUGUCACUGAUGAUUACCUUUUAA